UCGGCUCUUCGCUUGUUGUGGGCGGACUCGCGCGACGGGAACGGGGAUACGCCGCGGAGGGAAGGAUAAAUAUAAAUAAAAUUGUUCAAAUCCGUCACGUAACAUGAUCCAAGCAUGAUCCCUUUAAUUAUCGCGUCUAGCAUGGUGAAGAACAUAUACUACGUUCGGGUUAUUCAGAUCGAGUAGGGGCCGCUACUGCAACUGGUGCGCAAGCUUGAGAGCUGGGUGAUAUUGAUAAAGCUCAUGAGGCAGUAGUGUCUGUCAUCCCGCCAUGGAGGAGGGACAAGGGUUUGGGGGCCGCGUGACCAGCCGGCCGGCCAGGGAUCGCCCUCCCGUCCGACCGCGAGGCAGGGCUCGUCCAGUCAGACGGCGUGUUAGGGUGAUCGCCAGUGACGAUGAGGCCGACUCUGGAUCGGAGCUCUCCUCGUCGCCAUGUCGGCCCGCGGCGCCGUCCGGCGGCGGGCCCCGCUCCCCGGUGGAGCCGCCGCCGCCGCCGGCCGCGCGCGUGUUCGACAUGGAGGCGGACAUCUCCGAGCUGGAGCCGGCCACGUUCAGCACCAUCCCGCGCGGACAGCCCGAGCCCAUGCUGCGACUCUCCUGGAACCACAAGGUAAACCUGAUUGCGACAAAGGUUCUCAAUCCACUGAUACACCUGUGUGAGAAGUGUGACUGCCCCAUCCUGGCCUAUGGAAGAAUGAUUCCGUGCAAGCACGUGCUUUGCUACGACUGCGCCAAGGUGAUGGACAAGUGCUGGCGCUGCGGCGACCGGGCCACGCGCGUGGAGCGCGCCGGCCUAGGGAAGUUGUUCAUGUGUCUGCACGACGGAAAACAGUACGACGUGAGCGGGUGUCGGCGCACCUACCUCAGCCAGCGAGAUCUGGAGGCUCACAUUAACCACCGUCACCGUCGUCUGCCGGUCGGCGGUCCGGGCCUGUCGCGGCCGGCGGCACCGGAGCCGCUGCCGCCCCCGCCGCCGCCGCCGCCCAGACGUUUGUCGGAGGACCGGCCGCUGCCGGACCCGCGCGACCCGCGCCGCCACGAGCCGCGCACGCCGCCGGCGUACGGCGCACACGGCGAGCCGGGCGGCCUGACCAGCCCGCGGCCGGCUGGCUAUGGCGCCAAGCCGCCGGCGCCGCCCAUGAAGCAGCAGCAGAUACCCGUGAUGACCACCCAGCGCAGCAGUAACCUCAUCACUAUCCCUAUCCAGGGCCAGGAGCCGGCGGCCGAGCAGUCCCGUCAGUCUCAUCAGUCUCACCAACACCAGUCACAUCAGUCCCAUCAGCCGCAUCAGUCCCACCAAUCCCACCAGUCCCAUCAGCCGCUGCAGCAGUACGGCGGCUACCAGAGCGGGUACUCGCCCGCCGGUCCGCAGCACUCCACCUACCAGCAGCCGGCCGUGUCCCCGGCGGCCUUCUACCAGACCACGCCGCCGCCGGCCGCCGGGUACGGCCGGCCCUUCGCCCCCAGCGGGCCGCCGCCGCCGCCGGCCGCGCCCUACGGAACGGCGCACAGCGGCCAGCACAUCCAGCAUCCUGCACAGCACAGCGUCCAGCAUCCCACACAGCAUAGUGUACAACAUCCUGCACAGCAUGGUGUGCAGCAUCCUACGCAGCAUAACUUACAACAUACGGCAGCUCACGUUACUCAGCACGGGACUCCGCACGGAACACCGCACGGACAGCACGGAACGCCGCACGGACAGCACGGAACACCACACGGACAGCACGGGACGCCGCACGCGCCUCAGCACGGCGCUCCCCAGCCGUGGUCGGCGGCGCCGCCGCUGGGCCGUCCGCCGCCUCCUACCUCGCACUACUACCGCUAGAGGCGCCACUGUCGCGCCGACUUCUCUCAGGUGGGAGAGGCUGCCGUCGGUCGAUGGGGAAGGCUGGGUGUGGGUUUGAAUGGACGGUUUCAAGCCCGGGACUCUUGGCGCAUUUGAUUGGUCAGUUAUGUUUUGGUUGGUUUUAUUUGCCUUGCGUCAUAUUCACUCGUCAUUACCGAGGACAGCUGGGUCACUUAGGUUCGUAACAUUUUUCUUGGGCCACUCGUAGGGUCAUUUUACCAUUUAUUAAAUAGUUUCUAACCGCAUUUAGUUCUAUGUAUUACGCGUUAGGCGUUGGUCACUGCAGCGCUGUGCUCUUCAGACUGCAAAACAUGUCAAAAAGCGCCUGAGGAAGGAAAAGCUACUUCCAUGAGUGUUAUCGUCCACGAAUUGUCGCAGCUGGUGCCUCAGGGAUUCGAGAAAGAUUUCUUAUUUCGCUCGGCUUUGUCUAGUCAUACCCUCAGUGCCAGGUUGCGUUGAAUUUCAGUGGCUUUGGCACAACGUUCGCUAAUUGAUAGUCACAGGUCUCUUGGUCACUGAUGUAACUGAAGCCGUGCAAACACUCUGAAAGGAGUGUGCCAGUGGCAGCCUGGAUCUAUAUCUAUCUCACCAUCGUUUAUGGUUUUAUUUCGCAUCCUGGGAGAAUCGCAACCGAAGCAUGCUUUCAUAGUUGCCGCAGACGGGCCUUGGUGCUCUGUUUUAGGUGUGAGCUGAAAGUUGGGUUUCUACGUGACCAAUCUGGUAUCAGCGACUGCCAUCCAGGCAUGUCUGCUGAUCAGUUUGAUUCGACACAUCUGAGCCAAAUUAGUGGCCUGCGCCUUCACCACUGGGCUGUUUUCUUUCCCUGGUUCACAAUUCACUUGUACUGUGGCUACUGAACGUUUCAGGGCGUGACGUUUACGGGGUUUUGUCCCACCUUUUCAUGGAUGUUUCCUAAAGACGCGCCAGUCCCGUUUUCACUUAAUGAAUGAGUGCGUUGGGUUGGGGUGCCAGCUCGCUACCUGUAUUACUCCGCAGUCGACGCCGUGCUGGAAGAGCGACGCAGUUCAUAGUACUGCGCGGCGCCCCCCCCCCCCCGCCAUCGAUUCUGGGCCUUCCACGCGUUUCCGGAAGCUCCGUCUUCCUCGGCCGUGCCCGACACUCCAUUACUAGUCACCACGGAACGGCAGCGACCAUUCGCCCGCCCCCAUUCAUCCCUGGCGUAUCGAUCCGGUACGAUCCAGAACUGUCCGGAUCUAUCCAGCGCCGCUCUGGCGUCUGGCCCCCUGGUGAGAUAUCGGCGAUCCCAUCCGCGUGUCACGCGUGACCAGUUUGGUGUAAUUUUAUGUCUAGUCCACUAAUGUGUACCGUGGAGUCGUACAAAAGACAAAGUGUGAUUUUUGGCCAGUGCGAUUUGUGUACCUUUUGUCAGUGAUUUUUGGACAACCGUAGUGUUUAGGCUGUAGGCAGUCAUCUUUUCACCAAUUGAUGUUCUAUUUGUGUCCAGCUUGGAUGUUUCGCGGGGUGAUUCCCAUUGUAAUUGUUAGCGGAUUGUUCAGUACCUGUUUGCGUACGUUAUUGCACUUUUUAUCUUAUCUACAGUAGAUGUUGUUUAUGUAACACCUUGGCUAAUUCGUACAAAUCAAUUGAAUGUAGUCUUAAUGAAUUCGCAUUGUUUCGUUCCGUAUUGUGGUAAAUAUUUGUAGUGAUCGUUGUUCUUUUGUCUAAAUCAUUUGAUUUGUUGUUUCAAUGUUUAAGUCGAUAUCAUUCAUCGGGCGCAUUUUCGUGACCGUUUCAAGUUUGUGAUUUUUCGAGCUUAGUUUAUUUCAUGUUCUUAUUGCAUGACAAUCGUCCACACCUCGUGUCGGAUAGUGUGUAUUACAUACUGAUCUCACUUGAACGGAAAUUCAAAUACACUGAUCGUAACGCA